CGUCAGUUCCGCGGCGAUGGCGGCGCUGCGCGGGCGGGCGCUGCUGGCCCCGCUCGGGGCGCGGCUGAGGGCCGGGCCCCGCGCCCCGCUCCGCUCCGCCGCCGCCGCCGCCGCCGCCCCGCCGCUCUACGAUGUGGUGGUGUCGGGCGGGGGCAUGGUCGGGAGCGCCAUGGCCGCCGUGCUGGGCCAUGAUAUCCACUUCCAUGAUAAAAAGAUUGCUUUGCUGGAGGCUGGUCCUAGGAAAGACUAUGAUCACAUGCCAGACAGUUACAGUAACAGGGUCAGUUCCAUCUCCCCAGGAUCAGCAACCCUCCUAAGCAGCUGUGGUGCCUGGGAUCAUGUCUGCAGCCUGAGACUCAAACCCUUCCGGCGAAUGCAGGUGCCUGACUUAGGGCUGCAGAUACACCACGUGUCUGGCUACUCUGAAUUCUCAAAAGUGUGGGAUGCUUGUUCAGAAGCCAUGAUCGUUUUUGAGAAAGAUGACUUAGAUGACAUGGGUUACAUAGUGGAGAAUGAUGUCAUUGUGUCUGCUCUCACAAAGCAGUUAGAUGCAGUAGCAGACCGUGUGGAGGUGUUCUACAGGAGCAGAGCAGUGGGGUACACCUGGCCCCUUCCUUCACACAGCUGUGACACAAGCCCAUGGGUCCAAGUUGAGUUAGCUGAUGGACGCAGACUUCAGACCAAGCUGCUGAUUGGUGCAGAUGGUCAUAACUCUGUGGUCCGGAAGGAAGCUGAAAUUAAGAACAUUGAACAUCAGUAUGACCAGUCAGCUGUGGUGGCAACUCUCCAUUUAUCUGAGGCCACAGACAACAAUGUAGCAUGGCAGCGGUUCCUUCCCACCGGGCCAAUUGCACUUCUUCCGCUGUCUGACACUGCCAGCUCUCUGGUCUGGUCUACGUCUCAUGACCAUGCAUCGGAACUUCUCACCAUGGAUGAGGAAAGCUUUGUGGAUAGCAUCAACUCUGCCUUUUGGAGCAACAUAAAUCACUCAGACUUCAUUGACACUGCCGGGGCCAUGUUCCGUUCUGCCAUUUCUCUGCUGAAGCCCUCAGGGACUGCAGUCCGCCAGCUGCCCCCAAGUGUUGCUAAAGUGGAUCCAGAGAGCCGAGCCGCGUUCCCUCUGGGGAUGGGGCACGCGACGCACUACGUCCAGCACCGCGUGGCUCUCAUCGGGGAUGCAGCACACAGAGUCCACCCACUUGCAGGACAAGGAGUGAACCUGGGCUUUGGUGAUAUUGCAUGUUUAGCUCAUCACCUCAGUGCCGCAGCCUUCAACGGGAGUGAUCUGGGCUCCUUAAAACACCUCCUCAAGUUUGAAACAGAACGUCAGAGGCAUAAUGUCUCCUUGAUAGCUGCUACUGAUGUGCUAAAAAGGCUGUACUCUACCACACUGCCUCCUCUGGUGUUGCUGAGGACGUGGGGAUUGCAAGCAACAAAUGCCCUGCCUCCUGUCAAAGAGCAAAUCAUGGCUUUUGCCAGCAGGUGAUCUGUUGUCAGUCUGCCUGUCAGCAACUUGCCUAUGAAUGCAUUGCCCUUAAAAAGGACUUGAAUCUUUGAAUUGUUAUUUUAAUUUACAAUAAAACUGAGGGAUUGAGGUGUGUAUUACAUCA